AUGACUAUCACCGACAUGGACAUCGAGUACAAUCCCGCAUGUGAUGCUGAUGUAUUGAUUGUUGGAGAAGGACCUGAUAACGAUGUUAUCCAUCGCUACUGCUCACGUGAGAAGCGCUAUGGUAACGAAACCGAAGAGGAGAUGUUGAAAGAGCGAUUCAAGAUGGUGAAAUCACGCUCACGCUAUCUUACUUUGACGUGGACCACUGACAGCGAGAACGAAUACAGAGGAUGGCGCAUUGACUACGAGUUUAUACCGGACGGUGCAGAAUGCGGCUUUACUACUCAUGCAAUGACAGGUGUUGUACAUUCACCCAAUUGGCCGAAGGAUUACGGUAACGAUGAAGAAUGCCUGUGGGAUAUUCAGGUGCCACUAGGUUAUCAUAUUCACCUCCAGUUCACUCACUUCGACGUUGCACCUUCCGAAGGCUGCCUGAAGGAUUCACUUACGAUCUCACAAGAGCACUCGUCGAGAGCUAUAGCACCGAUUGGCGACUAUUUCUUCCUUUUCGAAGACGAAGAAGCUAACGAACCGCUUUGUGGUAUUACUCUUCCAAAAGCGUUCAGAUCGGAAAGUAAUCGAAUCAGACUUAACUUCACAUCAGACGGAUCGACAACAGCUGCCGGAUUUCGGGCUGAAUGGGAAGCUCAGUGCGGCGCAGUAUUCCGUCUCAGUCACGGAGUGAUUUCGUCACCAAAUUAUCCAAAUCAUUAUCCAAAUCAGAAUUUACAAUGCGAAUAUAUGAUAGCCCCGGAAGGAGAGGCGGCGAAAUCCGUGAUUGCCCUGAGGCUUCUUGAUUUCGAUCUAUCCGAUUCGAAAAUGGAUUAUUCACGAUACCCGUGCCCUACUGACUACUUGGAAGUUCGCGAUAUCAACAAUAACCGAGUGGUGGUCACCUAUUGUGGUGGUGAUGCAAUGAGCGAGGAAGCGAUAGCUAUUAAGGGUGCUGUUGGCCUAACCUUCGUCACCAAUCAGUCGUACAUCCAAGGAGCUAAGAAACUGGAGAGAGGAUUCCAAAUAAGUUAUUCCAUUGAAAGAUGUGGUGGGGACAUUGAAAUGACUGAAGAUACCGGCUACAUGGCCACAAUCUCAUCGCCUGCCGUUCCCUCUUGA